UCCCCGUUCUUCUCAAAUCUAACUCGUAUCAAAGAGCACCAUAGAAAUAUGUAUUUAUAUCUUCCCCUUCCUCCAUUGCAUAAAGCCUACUACUAUUACCUCUCUGCACACAGAGCAGAAACUAGCCUUGAGAAACAGAGCCAAAUCCUUUUCCUUAACCUUCACGCCUCCAUUAAAAGCAGCUUAAACCUUUCUCUCUAUCUCUGCUCCUCUCUCAUAAUUACUCUGUUUCUCUCGCUCUGUCUUCGACACAUUUAAAAAGGGUCUCUCUCGGUCCUCCACAGAGCCCCUCAUCACUGAUUCGAAGCUUGCCUCCUUUCUUUAAACCCCUCUUUGAAUUCUUUGAAUUCCAAGUACCUUGUUUUUUAGUUUCCCACCUCAUCUUUCCUCAGCAAAACAGAGCAAGAGAAAACAGAGCCUUUAAAACAGAGCAACUUACUCUCUGUUUUCCCUAUCCCAAAUCUUCUUUCUUUCUUUCUUUCACUUCCCCUCAUUUUCUUGGACUCUUCAAGAAUGGGUUCUUGCAAAGACCCGAAACCUAAUUGUGAGUUCGUCGAAGGGCCUAUAAUCGUAGGUGCAGGACCAUCUGGUCUCGCAGUAGCUGCUUGCUUAUCCAACCAUGGCGUCCCUUCUCUGAUUCUUGAGAAAAGCAACUGCAUAGCUUCUCUAUGGCAGCACAAGACUUACGACCGACUCAAACUUCAUCUACCUAAACAGUUUUGCCAGCUUCCUCUAAUGGGGUUCCCUGAAGACUUCCCAAAAUACCCAACAAAGCAACAGUUCAUUAACUACAUGGAGUCCUAUGCUUCCCACUUCUCAAUCAAGCCGAGCUUCAACCAGGCCGUCCAAAACGCUGCGUUUGAUUCGGCUUCGGGGCAUUGGAGGGUUCAGACCCAAGAUUUUGAGUACAUUUCCCGGUGGCUUAUUGUGGCCACCGGAGAAAAUGCCGAGCCGGUGAUUCCCGAUAUUCAUGGGAUUGACAAGUUUAAAGGUCUAAUUCGUCAUACCAGUUUGUACAAAACUGGCAAAGAUUUCAGAAAUCAAAGGGUUUUGGUUAUUGGGUGUGGGAAUUCUGGUAUGGAAGUCAGCUUAGACCUUUGCAGAAACAAUGCAACCCCUCAUAUGGUUGUUAGGAACACUGUUCAUGUUCUACCAAGGGAGAUGUUUGGCUUCUCAACCUUUCAGAUAGCAAUGACACUUCUUAAAUGGAUUCCGGUAAAACUCGUGGACCGGAUCCUUCUUCUGGUAGCUAGUUUGACUCUCGGCAACACAGAUCAAUUGGGCCUCCGCCGGCCUAAGACCGGUCCAAUCGAGCUCAAAGCCGCCACCGGAAAGACCCCGGUGCUUGAUGUUGGAGCAUUGUCACUAAUAAAAUCCGGCAAAAUAAAGGUGGUGGAAAAUGUGAAGGAGAUAACAAUCAAUGGAGCCAAAUUUAUGAAUGGACAAGAAAAGGAGUUUGAUUCUAUAAUCCUGGCAACUGGAUACAAGAGCAAUGUUCCUACUUGGCUCAAGGGUUGUGAUUUUUUCACCAAAGAAGGAAUGCCCCGAGCCCCUUGUCCUAGCUGUUGGAAAGGAAGUGAUGGACUUUACACGGUCGGCUUCUCCAGAAAAGGCCUCUCCGGAACGGCAUACGACGCCGUCGAGAUAGCAAAAGACAUUGCUGACCACUGGAAGACAAGCAAAGACUGCAAGGGUAGUGUUGCUUCUUGUGAUUCUCAUGUCAUCCUACUCAAAUGACGACGACGAAAAUAAUUUGUAUAAAAGGGCAAAAAAAAAAAAAAAAAUAGGAGUUUAGGUUAUUCUCUGAGUUAGGUCACUUAGGUGUAUUUUUACAGGGGGGAUAGUUAAUUUUUCACCUAGCUAGCGAGUCUUUGUACUAGUUCAAUUUUCUUAGUUUACUCUGGGUUUCUUCAUGUAUAUGCAACAAUUUUGCUUGGGGCGUCACAUCUCCUUUCGGCCACUUAACUUUGUACAAAUAAUUUCAGAAAUAGAAUGUUAUUUUUCAGC